AUGACCAUCGUGCAUGUCGACGAUGCCCCACUGGUGCAAGACUAUGCCGAGACGCAGGAGUCCGCCGUGGAUGAUGUUGACGACAUCCUUCGUAACCUUAACGAGUUUAUCGAAAUGGUCGAUGUCGAAGCUGAUCUCGCGAGAGCCAAGGAAGAAGAGCAGAAGCAGAAUGAUAAACAACAGCAGCAGCGAAUAGGCCAGCCUGUAGUUGCUACUCAGUCCAUUUACUAUAGUUAG